AUGUCUACCGAAGUACAAAAUCGUACGGCUGGAGAGGACGAAAUCGUCAUUGACGAAAAGAAAAUUGCGAGUAACGCGGAAGAUGGCGAAGUAGACAUAAUAGAAGGGGAGCCGCAGAAAAACUACUACAGCAGCCUCUCUGUUUGGUUGAUGGUCUUAUUCUCCGGACUGGCAAUUGGAUCAGAUGGCUACAACGCCGCCGUCAUUGGCAAUGUCGAACUACUGCUCGCAAUUCUUUAUCCCGAUGACCUGACGACCGGUAUAUCCCAGAGACUCUCCAAUGCCUUUCUGAUCGGCAUGAUUGUCGGAAUGAUAUUAUUUGGUGUCAUCAGUGAUCAACUCGGCCGCAAGACUGGUGCUAUUGCAACGACCAUCUUGCUUGUUUUAGGCAUCGCUCUGUCGACUGCAGCCAGUGGAACAACUCCCACAGGCAUGUUUUGGAUGCUCAUAAUUGCUCGUGGCAUUGCUGGCGUGGGUGCAGGGGGAGAGUAUCCCGUCUCUGGCGCUGGUGCUGCCGAGGCGACUGACGAAGAUGCCAAAUUCCGCAAGAGACGAGGUUUCAUGUUUGCGAUGCUCGCAGACUUAUCUUCCAGCCUAGGAUACGUCUGGGGAGGGCUAGUUCCGUUGCUGCUGCUUCUGUGCGUUGGCCAGCAGGUUUCAAAGUACCAUAUCGUUUGGCGGACCUCGUUUGCUUUGGGCAUGGCUCCUCCCAUUCUCAUCUUCUGGUUCCGGAUGCGAAUGGCAGUAUCUACUGCGUAUCGAAAGUCAGCAUUGCGGAAGCAGAGAAUGCCGUACUGGCUCGCCUUGAAACGCUAUUGGAGACCUCUCCUCGGGGGGGCUUCCACUUGGUUUUUAUACAAUUGGAUCAGCAUUCCGUUCGGAAUUUUCAGCUCAACUAUCGUAUCCAGAGCCAACGUCGAGGAAAGUCUUGUCAAGACCCUUGGAUGGGGCGUAGUGAUCAAUUGUUUCUAUAUUCCUGGCCCUUUCAUUGGAGGCUACCUAUCAGACAAGAUCGGCAGACGUCAGACCAUGGCUCUGGGCUUCAUAUUGCAAGCAAUCCUUGGUUUCGUUCUUGGGGGCGCAAUGAACCCUAUCCAAGGUGUUUUCCCUCUUUUCGUUGUCCUUUACGGCAUAUUCUUAACGCUGGGAGAAGUUGGCCCUGGAAGCACCGUUGUUCUUAUUGCCUCGGAGUGCUUUCCGACAUCCAUCCGUGGCCAAAUGAUGGGACUCAUCUCAGCGUUUUCAAAAGCGGGAGCUGCCAUUGGUACUCAGGUUUUUACUGCGAUUUUGAACACAUACACCGAUGACCCCUCAAAGGGCAACCAAGUUGCAUUUCUUAUUGGCUCUGGAUUCGCAGUCUUAGGCGCCCUCAUUGCGCUCUUCGUCAUCCCGGACAUAUCAAAACAUUUGAAUGAUGAUGAUGAAGCAUGGAAGAAGUAUCUAUCUGAAAACGGCUGGGAGGCUCAGUGGGGUGACGAGGUAACACGCGACCCAUCUGGCGUCAUCAUGGACAAGGCUGCGUCUUAA